AUGUGCGUCUCUUCGUCCGUCUUUGGUAAAUCGGGCGUGAAUCGAAGCCCGGUGCUCUGUCCUUUGGAAGAGGAAGAGCGUGUUCCGCCAAUCUCACCCGAGUGCUUCAACAAUCACCACCCAAGCGUUUGCGUUUUGCGCGGCUUCUGGAAAGAUGACGCAGCCACGUUCGCUAUGAGCGGUUACCAGGCCCAGACGAGGAAAUCGCGGGAGGAAUCAAGCAGGGGGCGUGCGCUAUCAAAUCAAUCAUCCACCAUGGUUCCCCAGGAACCGCCAACAUUGGCCAUUGCGAACCUUCUGUCAGCACCGAUACUGCACAAUGCAGCAUUUACCCAGCCAAUCGAUGACCUCCCGACGAUGCAAAACCCCAACAAGGAUUGCGGUGCUAAAGGGCCCACUUACGCUUCUACGAUUUCAGCCAGCAACAACGAUACUGGCGUUAGUGAUGAGACCGCCAUCGCGGCAGUACGCCAUACCGACAAGCAGCCACCAGCCCACAUUGAAACUGUGACACGGAAAUGUGAUUUAAAUGAUUACCUGAUUAAUGUUAGAAGUAGCGUAGCGCAGUCAUCAACGGCAAAAGGUGGCGAAUAUUAUACCACUUUCGAGAAACUGGUGCGCUGUGCCGAGUGGGAACGCUCUGUGCGAAAGUGGACUGCCUGGCCCAUGCCCCGCAUGCGGCUCUGCGGCGGGGGUGAAGAUUCCAUCAACAACGGUACCAGCGCCUGGGGAACGCCGCCAUCUGCCACUAGCAACGGCACCGCAAAUGCCUGGGGUGUGCUUCCCAACCAGCAGCAGCCACAGCAGCCGCUACAACAGCAAUCACUACCACCUCCUGUUUGGGGUAAUAGCAACAACAACAAUAACGGUGGCAACCACACUCUGUCCGUCGGCAACUCAGUCGCUGCUUCGUCGACGAUGGCGACGAUGGAUGAUACUAACUCAAACAGUGCCGCUAAAGGCAGCUCACAGCCACCGACGCCCGCUUCAGCGGCCAGCGGUGCGUGGAACAAUGUGCCACCAGCAAACCACCAUCGCAACGGGCAGCAUCACCAACCGCUGCACCUUCCGAAUGCCAACUGCGUGGCCAACAACAACGCAGCCGCGGGAGUGGGCGGACAGCAAGGCGGCAACAUCGGUGCUAAUAGUGCGGCUCCUAAAAAUCAGCAGCUCGAGCAACUGAAUACGAUGCGUGAGGCACUGUUUGCGCAGGACGGUUGGGGCUGUGAGCAUGUCAAUCAGGACACCAACUGGGAGGUCCCGGGAUCUCCGGAACCGCAGUCGGGUGGUGCUAGCGGGUCCAAUCCCGCCAACGCUGUACCGAAACCGCCCGAUGGGCGCUUGGGUCCGAACGGUGGUGGCGGCAGCGGUGGGGGUAGUGCUGGCGGUGGGGCACCGAACGGAGCCUGGAAGGUAACGAACAUGAACACCGGAACUGAGCUGUGGGAAACCAAUCUACGUAACGGUGGACAGGUGCCACAGCACCACUCGCACCAACAACAGCCGAAAGUGGCCUCCGCGCCGUGGGUGCCGACGAACAAUCUCGGCGGCACGUGGAUGGAGGACGAUGAUACUCUCUCCGGCAGCGGCGCAGGGCCGGGAGCAGUAGCCGUAGCCGAAGCGGUCGGUUCAGUGUGGAACGGAAGUGCGGCUGCCAUUGUUGCCGGGACAGCCGGCCCGCAUGUCGGAGGUCCACCCGGGACCGGUUCGUGGGGUGGAGGCGUAUCGAACGGUGGUGGCAGUAAUGCGGGAUGGCCACCGGGUGGUGGAAACGGUCCCCUGUCAGGAGCGACAUCCAUUAUGCCACAAACGAUGGCCGGUGUGAAGAAAGAUCUGAGCGAUUGGAGUGCCGUUAGUGGAGCAGUCGGUAUCGGAGGUUCCGGUGGACUCGUUGUCUCCGGAUCGGCUGCGGGAUGGACGAAUGAUGGGCGAAGUGUGGUAGCACCGUCGACCGGUGGCUUCAACAUGGCUGCGGCAGGAGCGCCGGCUGGUAUCGCACAAUCCGCUGGCCCUUCGGCUACCACUCUCGUGGAUAGUGCGGGACUGAACCGAGGUGGCGGUGGAGAGUUACGAGGGGAUCCGCGUGGUAUUUCUGGCCGUCUGAGUGGUGCGAUGGUCGGUGGUGCGUGGGCUGCCGGAGCAGAGCUUGUGGCAAGCCUGUUGGAUGGUGCGAACAAGAUUCCUUCAAUGUCCGGCCCCACCGGUAUCAGUGGAUCCGCUGGUCAACCGUGGGGCGGCGGAACUGCAACCAACGGCGGUGCUAUCGUGUCGCAGAGCAAAAUUCCCUCCGGAUGGGGCGACGAACCAGGUGGAAGGCCAUCAUCGCUGAGCGAUGACCAGACGAUCGGUACCGCAGCAGGAACAGGCAUGCUCUGGGGUCAGAGCAAUCCGACGACCGCUGGCGGAGCCGGCAUUCCAGCACGACAAAACUCGGCCGGCGGGUGGAAGGAUUUGGCAAAUGACGGCGUCAUGAUGGGGCGUGGAGGGCCAAUGGGACGCGGCCAACAACCGGGCAAUGGUGGUGGUGGUCCCUUGGUUGCAACGUUGCGAUUUGAUCGAGGAUCGGCCGGUGCAGCAAUUUUACUAAGGAACGCGGCCGCCGGUCCUUCUAUGUGGGACCAGCGCGCCCAACUGGCAGAGAUCGGUACGUGGGAAAAUCCAUCACCCGUUUGGGGUGAUGGUGAGAAAGGUGGUUCCGCGCCGUGGAAUGCAGAUCUGGGACCAGGUGGUAAUGCUGGUGGUGGCUGGAAUAAAACGCCGACCACGCCCAAGUCCGGAGGCAGUGCCGGUUGGCCCGAUCCGGGAUCCGAUCUUUCGACGGCCGGCACUAUGGAUUGGUGUCUGGGUGGCAAGUCGGCCGUGACCCCGGGACUCAACAAAUCGCCUAGCACUCCGCUCGAGUAUAUUCGCGCCAGCAAAGAAUUCCGUGUGCUGUGCGAAAUGGGCCACAAAAAGGAGGAAGUUGAGUUUGCGCUCCGAACAACGAACAUGAAUAUCGAAGAAGCGAUGGAGUUGUUGCGCCACGGUGUGGCUGCCGGUGGCUGGCGUCGGCCACUGCUCGACGAUCAUCACGCCACCAGCAUUGGCGGAGGCAUGCCAUUCGAUGGGCCGUUCUCAGGCCCGCGUAUACCGCCACUUAAUCACGCGGCCGGUGGCCUCGCUUACUCGCAGAACAAUCAAGUAAUGCUUAACAACAUAGCCGGGGGGCCGGGUGGCCUCGGUGGUAUGGAAGGGGCCGGUGGACCGGCUAACCUCGUCGCACUCAAUAACUUUAAGUAUCUCUCGCAAGGAUCCGCCGGGACCAUAACCGGAGCACAUCCGUCUUUCAAUCACAAUUCCUUACUUCCGCCCGGCGGCGGUGGCGGACGAAGCCAGCAACCUCAAGCGGCAGCACUCCAGCAGCAGCACCAUCAGCAGCAGCUGGCUGCAGCAGCCGCGGCACAACCAUCGAACCAGCAGCUUCGCCUGCUCGUACAGCAUAUCCAGCUUGCGGUGCAAAAUGGUUUUCUCAACCAUCAGAUCCUCAACCAACCGCUAGCGCCCCAGACACUCAUACUACUGAACCAGUUGCUCAAUCACAUAAAGCAAAUGCAAUUGACGCAAAGUAAUCUGGCGCGCAGUAGCGCCACAAGCGGUGUCAGUGCCGUUCAACUGACGCUGACGAUCAACAAGCAUAAGUCGCAGAUAGCACAGCUGCAGCAGCAGAUUGCUGCCCAGCAGAGCAUUUACCUAAAACAGCAGCAGCAGCCAGGACACCAGGGUGCGAUGCCGCCGCCAUCGCUGCUGUCCUCGGGUUCCGGUGCCCCUGCAAUGGACUUCCUACGGCAUCAGCAGGAUCUCAUGGCACUGCAGAGCAAUUUUGGUGAGCUGGCACUCGGUAAAGACGCGCUAUUAACAUCGUCCAACACCGUCGGUGGCGUCUUUCCUCCGGUGCCGGUCUCCCUUGCUCCGCACGCCAGCGUGGCCGCCGCUCCCAUCGGUGGUGGAUCAACGGCGGCGGCUGCCGCUGGAGGCAACGGCAGCAACAGCAGCAGUAGCACUAGUCAGCAGUCUCGGCUAAACCAGUGGAAGCUUCCUUCACUCGAAAAGGAGCCAACCGCCGGGAAGGAUGAUCUCACCGAUUUCUCUCGUGCCCCCGGACCAACGGCUAAAUCAACCUCUACUACCAGCACCACUUUGAGCUCUCUAGGUCUCGUGCAGGAUGGAACCUGGACAGCUGGGCAUACAAAUCUGGCCGACGGUUGGCCGGAGCAAACGGGUGAAACUGACAGCAAAGACUGGACCACCACAAACACCUCGUCGCAGGACAAUUCCACUUUCACCGAUUUAGUACCUGAGUUUGAGCCGGGAAAACCGUGGAAGGGAACGCAGAUGAAGAUCGAAGACGACCCUAGUAUUACCCCGGGCAGCGUGGCCCGUUCGCCGCUUUCCAUUGCCACCGCCAAAGACUCCGAACUGUUUGCCGUGUCCGAUAAGGUCUCGCCCUCGUCGUCGUCGGUGGCAGUAGCCGACGGUGGAGGUCUCAAUCUUACGUCUUCCGCCUGGAGCUUCAACGCCGCCGGUUCGUCAUCGCCCGUGUCGACGGGAAAAGUGUCCGUGACCGGAGCAUCCAAAUCCGUUUGGCCCGAUAGUACCGGCACAGGCGGAGGCGAUGUUUGGUGCACUCCGAUUGGCAAGACGGCCACUCGGGGACCGCCGCCUGGUUUGGGUGGAACUAGCACCGCCGGAACCGGCACCAAUUGGGACUCCACCGGGGCCGCUGCUGGAGGCUGGGGAACCGGAACAUCAUGGUUAUUAUUGAGGAAUUUAACCUCUCAGAUUGAUGCAUCGACGCUACGCACCUUGUGCAUGCAGCACGGUCCCAUUCUAAGCUUCCAUCCAUAUCCGGCCCACGGACUGGCGCUGUGUCGUUAUACGACGCGUGACGAGGCGACCAAGGCCCAGCAGGCGCUAAAUAACUGUCCGCUCGGCGCGAGUACGAUCAGUGCCGAGUGCCCGAGCAACGACGCCGAAGUGCAAACGUACUUGCAGCAGCUGGGCGUUUCCGCAACGGCCACCAAUGUCGCAGUGAGCAACGCCAGCAGUGGUGCGGGCAGCAUUUCCAAUUUAUCGUCCCAAUCCUGGCGCCAAGGCAGCUCUGCUAGUGCCACAGGUGGCACCGAUACGUGGGGUUCGGGAUGGCCGAUCGGAGCAGGUGGCGCUGGAAGUGCCAACGGUAGCGCUAAUCUUUGGGCACCUCUCGACGCCGCUGACAAAGGAACGCCCUCGAGUUUGAACUCGUUUCUGCCGGAGAGUCUACUCGGGCCGGAGUUGAAUUAAGUCCGUUCCGCGACGCCGAAGUGAUGAAACGAGCAAGGAAACAGGGACGACGUGGGACGUACCAAACGUUCCGCGAACGAAUGAGUUUUGUACUUUAUCGUUUCAGUAGCAAAAAGCAUCUCUUUGCCACAAUAUUUCACAGUGAUAUAGGAAAAGCUUCCUUCCAAGAUACAAGUUUCUUAACGGUUUCUUCAGUGGCCCCCUUCAGCAUCGAUUCGUCGGAUGUCAGGAUUUUCAUUUGUUUCUAUUUUAUUUGUGCACAACGGUGUAGUUUCUGUUGUUGAGCAAUAUAUAUAUGAAAACAGUCUGUAUAUGAAAACUGUAUUGGUCACCCACAACAUGAACCAACUCUUAUUUCCCAAUGGAAUGCUCGGCAUAAAGUAUGGUGAUUCUGGUCGGUUCCACAAGCCUCUUCGUCAUCAGUGAGAUUUCAACGAGCAGAGAAAAAGGCAACUACAGUCGAAAUGCGCCCAAUGAACGAAAAGCAAAGCACGGUUGAGAAGUGUGUGCAGCGAAUGCUUAGACAAAAAUAGUAGCUAUAUUGUAGUGAUCCCAGAAAACACUCUCUGAAUUACGGUACAAUGUGCGAAAAGCACGCAAUCCGUACGGAGAACUAUGAUGAAUGCACCUGGCGCUGGCUACCAGCACACUCCCACUGCACAUUGGUAAUCAAAUGAAUGAAUAAAUGCAGCAAAUGAAUAAAUAUUUAUUAAUUUUAAUAUGCACAUCUUGCAAGUGGUAGGCUGCUGCUGCUGGAGAUGAAUGAGGAAACCCAUUAGAUUUACUAUAUUAUAAAA